UGGAGUUGUAAUAAUGCAAUGCCUUUUGUUUGAAAGAACAGAUUGGCGCUCAUUCUCUCCCUCUCUUUGCCAUGUCACAUCUCCUCCCCAAACCCCCCCACCGCACUCUCUCACUCUCUCCGAGCCCCAACUCCCAACUGAGAGAAAGGAGUGUGUAAGAGGAGGACAAUGGCUGAGCAAAAGCAGCGCGUGCACACCACUCCUGCUAUGAAAAAGAGGCGGGUGGCUACGGCAGCUGAGGACCAGCCCGCUCACAUGAAUCGGGUGGUGUUGGGGGAGCUCCCGAACAUGUCGAACGUUGUCGCAUCAGUGGAUCCGAAUACCAGGGUGAAAUGUAAAUCGAAGGCGAUGGACAAGAACAAGGGACUGGCAACAACCUCAGCAAAGACAACAGAGGUGAUUGAUGGGAAGUCGGAUAAUCCGCAACCGCGUCGAGCUUAUCAUGCUUUUGACAAUUAUGAGUAUCUUCGCAAAAUUGAGAUGGAGCCAAAGAGAAGGCCGUUACCUGACUACUUAGAGAAGGUUCAGGAGGGUGUGACUGCUUAUAUGAGAGGAAUAUUGGUGGAUUGGUUGGUUGAGAUUGCAGUGGCAAGGAAGCUUCUUCCACACACUCUGCAUCUUUCCAUUUCAUACGUUGAUAGAUUCCUUUCCUUGAAUGCUGUCAAUAAGCAGAAACUUCAACUGCUGGGAGUUUCUUCAAUGCUCAUUGCCUCGAAGUAUGAAGAGAUUAGCCCUCCGAAGGUGAAGGAUUUUUGUGAGAUAUCAAAUAAUAUAUUAACUAAAAAGGAGGUGGUGGAGAUGGAAGUUGAUAUUCUCAACUCCCUCAAGUUUGAGAUGGGCAAUCUGUUGAGGGUGACAUGA